UGCCGUGCUCUCGUCGUCGACAUCGUCAGCGCCAGGGAACAGCGUGGGCUCCCGGUUUCGGGUCUGGGUUCAUGUCGGCCAAGUCUCCUGUCGGCUUGGUGCUCAUUUUCGCCGCUGCCACGGCCUAUCUGUACGUGCUGUCCAGCAACCUGCCCCAUGCAGCGCACAGCCGGGAGCCGUUGAACGGCCAGGAGGAGGAAGAGGAGAGGCAGGAAUCCAGGUUACUGACAUUUCCAUCUGACCUGGAAGAACUGCGAGCGAUUGCUGGCUUGCUGCAAUCCUACAGAGCUCAGCAUGCUGGUUAUGUACUCCUACUGUUCUGUAGUGCAUACCUCUACAAACAGACCUUUGCAAUCCCUGGCUCCUCCUUCCUGAAUAUAUUAGCAGGUGCAUUAUUUGGACCAUGGCUGGGCCUUGCCUUGUGCUGUGUUUUAACAGCAAUUGGAGCAACCUUCUGCUUCCUGCUCUCCAAGACAUACGGUAAACAGUUUGUGGUGCAACGAUUUCCUGAGAGACUCUCAAUGCUACAACAAAAGGUGCAAGAAAACAGGAACAGUCUCUUUUUCUUCCUUUUGUUCCUCAGGUUUUUCCCAAUGACUCCAAACUGGUUCCUAAACAUCACAUCUCCCAUUCUCAAUGUUCCUCUCAUGCAGUUCUUCUUCUCCAUUGUAAUUGGUCUCCUUCCCUAUAACUUCAUUUGCGUGCAGACUGGCUGCAUCUUGUCUGAGAUCUCGACACUGGAUAACCUGUUUUCUUGGUCCAUCCUGAUGAAACUGCUGGUCAUAGCCAUCGUGGCACUUCUCCCUGGAGCUCUCAUCAAACAUUAUAGUCACCAGCAUCUGCAGUUGGGCGGAAAGGUCAAAAACGGGCACUUGGAUAAUGACCGGAAGAUGAGAUGACCGAUGCUAACCCCUCUUUGUUAUUUAUAGUUUUAUUAUUGUAUGAAACAGUCUUAAUCUGAAGAAACAAUCUUUCUAAAAUAUGAAGUUUUAUUUAUAUCAUAGAAGCCUGUCCAGUAAAAUUUGAACAAUACCACAGUCUUCAAAGCACUGCCUGCAAGCUACCCAUUCUGAUUCCUGAAGCUCAGCCGACCGUAACUGCAUCUGUCUGAGCUGGUAGGUGCCCGCUUAUUACUUCUCCACUUGUAAAAGGCGUCCAACACCUGAUAAUUAAGUAUACAAUCACAUUUGAGUAGGUUGUUGUCUUACGGGUAAUUAAAAGAAGUUCAGUUGUGGCUGUAAGCGUUGGAGACAAGCUCAAGUAUUUUUGCUUUAAAUCUAGUAAGGCCUCAGCUGGUCAGAACUGUGGGUGUUAUUUGUCAAAGACCUAAAUUGUGCAGAUCAUCUAGAUGUAAAUUGCAAAAAAUGUCACCUGUCCUUCCAGGGCAGGGAACAGGACAUUUUGGUUUCAGAAGCUAAAGGAUUUCCAAUCAAACAGUCCAAUCUAUAGUUGGUCCCUAUCCUCUCCUUGUUUCAUACAUUACAGCAGGCAUUACAUACCAGGUGUAUUUCAUUGGUUGUGAAGUCCUUUAGAAAGCUCUGAGGUCAUGAAAGACACUAAUGUUUUCUCCUGUCCAACCUUAACUGGUGAUGGGAGAUUGCAGUAGUGCCAAAUACCCUCGAGACUUGAGGUAACUAACUGUUGCUGGUGGCAAACUGCCUUCUGACUGGGCCAUCGUAUCUCCUGCUGUGGAAAAAUCAAGCUGCCUGUGAUGCCUGUUUUAUUUUUAAACUCUCCCUUCCAGUUCAAUCUACCAUUGCUGGUGCUUUUUAGUUAUGCCACACACUUCUUGGUUUUGUUUGUGUUGGCAGUUCAGCAAUUUAGUGAUCAGACACAAUUGGCAGAUCACUGUCAUUGGACGGGAAACAGACAGGUGUUGGUGAGUAUGUAUGGCACUCCUAGCUAUGCAUCUAGCCUGCUCACCUCUGUGGUGAUCUGGCAACAGUGUUGCUAUCCUCUGUUGCUACCUGCAGCCAGAUUAGUGACAUGCACCCCUCUCAUGUUCUGAGUGUCUCUAAACUGCCUCAAUUCUUUAAUAUUGUGUUCAAGUCAGGUGGGAUGAAUGAGACUAAAUGGAGCAGCUGAAGCCUGGAAACCAAAAGGGAAUUAUUUUUAUUUUCAUCAUUCAACAAGAUUUUUAAUAGUAAAUAUCCAAAUUAUGAUUCCACAGUGCAGGCUGAGGGGGAAGGAAUUCCAAAUUUACAGCAUGUGUGAAUGGUAGAUAUCUACAUGAGUAGUAGUUGGCUCUGAGGCAUUGACCUCAACACUGGUGGCUGUGCUACCCGAGACCGCACAGCCCAGGAUAAUUAAGGAUCUUGUACAUCAUUUUUAACAGCCAGAAGAUUGAAGUGUAUUUUUAAAGAUGUAAUGUUUUAAAGAUAAGCCAGCAGAUCCUGGGAAGGGACUGAUGAAAAGCCAUUUCAGUGAUGAUAAUCAGAACCGGAUGUAAAAAGUCAUAAUAUUAAUGCCGUGGUCAGAUAGGGGCAAGAGGUGAGAGUCCAAAGAGGGUGGUGGGCAUGGGUGAGGAAAAUGUAAGAUAAUUACUACUUGUGUUUCUUUCCCACCCCGCACCCCCUCGCCCCACCUUCAGUACCCCCAAGUAAAUGCAGCACUGUCUGUAUUACAAAGGAACUUUGAAAGGCAGUUACACACCUUUGACUUGAUGUGGAAGUCUAUCUGUUAAACUUUUGUUCUCCUCUUGAAUUCAACACUUGCGUUACUGUACCUUUGAAAAGCCCCCAGCCAUCAAACAACACGGAAUGGAGUGUCACCUGGCGACGAUGUGCCAUGUCAUUGCUGCUCUUAUCCCUCCUUUGGUAUUCACAACCCUGCCACUUUGUGAUCAGACGUGCACCCACAUUCUUCCCCUGGCCCAAUCUCUCGCUGCCUUGCAAACAGCUGUAGGGUUCCAGCAUGAGCUCCCAGCGCCCCUUUUUGUAUUUGGACUUCAUCAAAGAUGAUGAGUGUGUUUAUUUAAUCAGUCUUUAACACCAAUCUUAACCUUUUUGAAGUCAGAGUCAAGCAGCAGGGAAACAGACCCUUCAGUCCAACCAGUCCAGGCUGACCACAAUCCCAAAUUAAACUAUUCUCACCUGCCUGCGCUAAGGGGUUUCCUUGGGUAGAGUUUGAGGGAUGUUGUUAAUAUUAAAGCAUCGAACAUGCUGUGAACCUGGAAAACUGACUGCAUGUUUGGGGCCUGAGAUAUUUCUCAUUGUGGAAUGUGACACCACCAACAGCUAUUGUCCAUCCCUAGAUGCUCAUGUGAAAGGUGGUGAUUGGCCUUCUGAUGAACCACAGAUGGUGGGGCUCCCACGUUGGCGAGAAUGGGUGGUUGUUACUAAUACUGGGUGAGGUGUAGAUUUAACUAGCGCUCUUUAUCCGACCAGUCUAAUUGGAUCAUCAGUUGGGCAUGUGUGAUGCAGGAAGCUGAGUUGAUCGAUCCCAUCAGGUCCUGCGAGGGUGUUACAUUAUAAUGAGACAUCGGGUUGGAAAUUUUAGGAUAUUGUUUUUGAUCACUUGUCCCCCACACUCUCAGCAAAUCUGGAUGGAAGGAAAUUUAGAGGUAUUCCCAUAAUUAUCUCUUCUUUGGUAAGGGUGGUGGUUGAUAUGUGUGAGAUAAAUAACUCUCCUGCAUUAGUUAGUUACAUACUUUUAAAGAAUAAAUCUUGAAAGGCCCUGUGAUUAUGAAAAGCACUUUGUAAAUUCAAGUCUUGUCUAUUUUCCUUUUUCUACCAUCGUCUCAGGCAGCAUUUUCCAGAUACCCACCAUCUCUGGAUGAAAGAAAUUCUCCACGACUCUAACCUUGUCCUUCUACUUAAAUCUGUCUUCUAUUUAUUGAUAUCUGCCAACAGAAAUAAGUCCUUCCCGUACACUAUCCAUGCCCCUCAAAAUAUUAAGACUCCCUUGAUUAAAUCUCCUUUGCUCCUCGGUCUUUCUCAGUGUCAACCUCAGACAGUUUUUGUACCAUUUGCAAGCCUCUUAAAUGAAGGGUGUACGAUUAAAUCCAUAUUGGUUAUUUAUACUGCAAAUGCAAAGAAGUGAUCUUCAAUUCACAAAAAAACACAAGGGCCAUUGCCCUUUGCUUUCUGCCACAAUGCUGUCUGAAGCAAUUUUGGAUUCGAUCUGAUUUACAACAUCCACAGUUCUUUUGGUUUUUAUUUGGAUGCAACUUUCCACUUUUACUUUUCUGACCAGUUGGCAACGUACAGCCUUAUCAAAGGCCUUGCUCGCAUCUACAUGGACUGUCAAAUCUAUUGCUUUCUUUUUGUUACUUCCUCAACACAAUCAACCAAGUUAACCAGAUGUGUUAUGUAUGUAGAGCCAUACUGGAUUAAUCUGAGCUGUACAAAGUGGUGACCGUUGGAAAAGAAUUUUGAGGAGCAGUAUUAAUUUUUCCAUUAAUAAAGUUAGUGUGACUUGUCUGUAAAUCCUUGGUCAAUUCCUUUUUUCUCUGUGUGAACAAAGUCACCAAGUCACAAUUGUAACCAGAUAGGAUUAAAAGACACUCCGGAUCACCAUUAGUUCUUCUGUUGCUUUUCUGAACAGGCUGGGAUGGAUUUAAUACAAGCCCACUGGCCUAUCUAUUUUCAAAGAUAUAGAACCACUUCAUGUACAGAGACAAAUUUUUAUCCUGUACAGUGCUUCAUAUUCUGGCUCAACCACGAGACAUUCCUUCAGUGGCAGAGCAGUUUCAACUCUCCUCCAAUUAGUCCAACGUGGAUUUAAACCAAGUUUAAAUAGUCCUGAGGUGAUCACAUAUUUUGUAACAUUGAUAUAUCAAGAGGCAUUAAUAAAAUGAAAUUUCAGUGUGCACAUACAAGUGCCCCCACUGAUUAUAGUUAACAUGGAAGGCCUGGGAACAGAACUGUCUGCAUAUGUACACACCUGCACAGCUCACUCCUGGCUUGGGGAGUCAACCAGUGUAAACAAGCUGUUGCCAUCUACAAGCCAUGCAUUCAUCCAGGAUCAGUAACUGCAGUAUAAAUUCCAGUGUAUGUCGCUGAGGAUGGAGACUUUUAGUUUGUAUACUGUGUUCAGGUAUAAUUAGAUUUUCAUAUAAUUUUUAAGUGGAAUCCUUUGGGAUUUGUAACCAGGAAUGGGGCUGUUAAAUUUUUAUACACAAAGCUCUGUCUAUAUUGUGAAUGUGUUUUAUAUUGAGACUGUAGAUACUGUAAACAGGAACAUGGGAAAUGAUUGAAGCUUAUUUACAUUUUUCCAAAGUAUCUUGACCGGUCUUUCACUUUACCAAAGGAGUGUUUACAUUUGCAUGUUUUUCAGUAUUUUCUCCACUCAAAGUGGAAGUCUAAUUUGUUUAAAUUGUGUGAUUUGUUUAAACAAGUACAGCAGAAUUUGGAAACUUCAAUAAAGCAUUUUAAAUAAA